UCAAGAUUUUUUUUUUUAAUUUUUUUUUUAAACCAACAAAGAAAACCCUUUCAUCUCUUCUUCUCUUCUAAGCUUUCUCUCUCAAAAUAUCCCUCUGAAAAUCCUCAGCAAAAAAGUGAUAAUUUUCAGAGUGCUAUACAUAUAAUUCUAUAUAUAUAUAUAGUUGUAUUCAUAUAUAUAUAUAUUGACGGAGGAGAGAAGCAUAUAAUAUAUAUAAUCAAAAUGAGGGGUUCAUCAUCAUCAGAUACGAAGUUUUUACAGGAACUGAUUUUGUACGCGGCAAGCGCUGCUUUAAGUUGCUUGGUCUUGUUCGCGGGGCUCCGACAACUCGACCCCAACCGUGAGGCGGCAAAGAAAGCUUUGGAGCACAAGAAGGAGAUUGCUAAACGAUUGGGUCGUCCUCUUAUUCAGACGAAUUCUUACGAGGAUGUUAUAGCCUGUGAUGUCAUUAACCCGGAUCACAUUGAUGUGGAAUUUGACUCUAUUGGAGGUUUAGAAUCAAUCAAAGAAGCUUUGUAUGAAUUGGUGAUUCUUCCGUUGCGUAGGCCUGAUCUGUUUUCCCAUGGAAAGCUUCUGGGUCCACAGAAAGGAGUGUUGUUGUAUGGACCGCCUGGUACUGGAAAGACUAUGCUUGCAAAAGCCAUUGCGAGAGAGUCUGGAGCAGUAUUCAUUAACGUGAGGAUAUCAAAUCUUAUGAGUAAAUGGUUCGGUGAUGCUCAAAAGCUUGUUGCUGCUGUGUUUAGCUUGGCUUAUAAACUUCAGCCUGCCAUCAUAUUCAUUGACGAAGUUGACAGUUUUUUGGGUCAGCGCCGUACUACUGAUCAUGAAGCCUUAACGAACAUGAAGACUGAGUUCAUGGCCCUAUGGGAUGGGUUUACAACAGAUCAGAAUGCUCGAGUUAUGGUUCUCGCUGCAACUAAUCGUCCAUCAGAACUUGAUGAAGCAAUACUCCGACGUCUUCCCCAGGCUUUUGAAAUUGGAAUACCUGAUCAAAGGGAGAGAGCCGAGAUACUCAAAGUAAUUCUUAAGGGUGAGAGUGUUGAAGACGACAUUGACUACGACUAUUUAGCCAGUUUGUGUGAGGGUUACACGGGAUCUGAUCUUCUUGAACUAUGCAAAAAAGCUGCAUAUUUACCUAUUAGAGAUCUACUAAAUGAAGAGAAAAAAGGAAAACGGGCAUCUGCACCAAGACAACUAUUGCAGAGAGAUUUGGAGACGGUUUUCGCUACAUCAAGAAAGACAAAGGCUGCUGCGAACGAGUACACCGGAUUGAGAAACGGGGAUACUAAUAGUGAUUAUCCGGUUCAAGUGGCAUUAAGCGAGCUUUCCAAGCUGGUGGUUUCACAUGUCUUGAACCUUCAACAACCAGACAACACCCAAGACCCAUAAAAUUCCAAGCUCCAACCAUUACUACAGCUUCUUUGGUUGACUUAUUUUGACAUUUGUUAUGGUUAUAACUGUAGUAGCUUUGAUUAGUUAGCCAUAUUGUUUCAAACUUUUAAUACACCUUUAUAUUAUACAUUAAUUUAUAUAUAUGUAUUCAUAAGGUGUUGAAUGUCAUUGUCUUGUAUUCUUUGAAGAUUUGUUCAAAAUUUCACCAUUUUGAUAGUUCUCCUUCUGGUCCCCA